UCACUGUGCAAAGGCUGAACUUUACUUGCAGAAUAUUGAUAACUUUGUUGCUAGCUCUUCAGAACUUCUUCUUUAUACAAUAAAAAAAAAUAAACAUUCAAUUAAAUGUAAAAUCAAUCAGUUUGAAGUAUGUCCUGGAAAAUAUCUUAGUUUCAAAGUUGUUUAACAGAGUCAAUAGUUUGGGGCAAAAAAAAAGAUUUCUUUAAACAUUUUCAUUUUUGUUUUAUUGGCAAACUUGAGUUUACAGAAACUGUCAUUGGUGCAAUUUCUUAUCGAUUUGUUUUCAUUCUAAAAUUAUUAUACAAAUAUAAAAAGUAAAUUUAUAAUUUACAAAGUUGAAAUUAUUCGUUGCAAGAAAUAUUAAUUGAUUGGCUAAGAAGAAUAAUGCCUGCGUAUCACUCUCAAAUUUCAAAAGUUGACGAUCAAUUGUGCAGUUUUGCACUGUUGCCCAUUCGUACACAAACCCGGGGUCCUGCACCUAUCACUAAUGCCGAAGACAUUAUCGAUGAAACAAUUUACUAUUUCAAAGCUAACAUUUUUUUCCGCACCUAUGAAAUCAAGAAUGGAAUUGAUCGUGUGCUCAUUUACAUCACGUUAUAUAUUACGGAGUGUUUGAAGAAGCUUCAAAAAUGUGUCAACAAAAGUCAAUCUCAACAGGAGUUGUAUUCAUUGGCUAUAAGUCGUUUCGAUAUUCCGGGUGACGCUGGAUUUCCAUUAAAUUCAGUCUUUUCAAAACCAUCAUCACCAAAUGAAGCUGAUUCAUUGCGUCAAUAUUUGACUCAGAUUCGUCAAGAGACUGGAAACCGAUUGAUUGAGAAGGUUUUCAAUACAACCGAUGGAAAACCGAGCAAAUGGUGGACUUGUUUUGCCAAAAAACGAUUCAUGGAGCAUUCAUUGGGUGGCUUUGGCCAGUAAAUAUCGAAAUCAAUUCUAUUUUCACGAAGAUGAAAUAAUAUAUAUAAAGACUAAUAAUGUUUAGCUUUUAAGUCAAUUUAUAAUAAAAAUCCAUUAAUAAAUUUUCAACACUCA